AUGGAUUGUAAUGUAUGUGGAGGCCCGACUUCUUUCCAAAAGGGAAAACUUCUAUUCAAACGCACUAAGAAAAGCUGUAGAAAGACCGUAAGUGCCAAAAAUAAAACGUUUUUCGGUAGCCAACGACUUCUUUUUGAUGAGAUUCUUCACAUGGGUUACCUAUGGUUGUGCAGUGUAGAAAAGACGGAGAAAAGACGCGUUUCUGCCGUUCCUGUUGAAAAACGGGACAGUGAAACGCUUCUUGACGUCAUAAAGAAGCACGUCAAACCUGGUUCCAUCAUCCACACUGAUUUUUGGCGAGGUUACGAAAGAAUUGAGAAAAAAUUGGGAUUCAAGCACUGUACGGUAAACCACAGUAAAGAACGUGAAACGGCUUCAAAUUAA